AGACUCUUGUGUGGCUGGGAGUCUGCAUGUGGCUCCCUACUAGAUGCUGCAUUUCCUGUGACAUUCCUGUCCUGGAUCUAAAAGCAGAAGAGCUGCUUGCCGGCAAGAUGGGCUUCCUGCAAGGUCAAGAGUGAACCUUCACUACAGUGCUUUCCUCACUAAACACUGCCCUGAGAGCUCUUGAUCAGCAUAAGGCAGCUCAGACUCCACAGCACAAGUAGCAGGAACAAGUACUAGUCUGUCUCUGGUGAGGUUGUGCCGCCUGCAGCCUCAGGCUUGGUGGCAUGGUCUUACCCGUCCUUACAGUGAUAUUCAGGAAGGAAAAGGACUGUUGAAAUUCACCCCUGUGCGUGGUGGUCACCUUCCAGCUCCAGCUAACAUCACAAGAAUGGAACUUCAGGAGGCUUCUGCAGGCAUGGAGGGGGAGACCCUUAAGGCCACAAUGGCAGCAGCUGAAGAUAAAACACACAGUGGUACCAUUGUCAGCAUAUUCACUAUGUAAAGCGAAACCUAAGAUGCUGAACUCACUUCCCUCGCUCCCCUAAAGUUUUAAGUGCUACAUUCUCACUUCUGCUUGGGAUUGCUUGUGCACGGCACCAGUCACAGCACUCGCCACGGCGGUGAUUAUUUUAGCUGGCAUCUCACUCCUGAGUGUAACAAAGGCAGAGAGAGAACAACUGCUUGUGGUCUCCCGAAGCUGCCCGGGCGUGUAUGCUGCUCGCCUGCAUAUUGCAAAGGUGCCUGCUGAAGUUAUUGCUGAAUGGUGUGGGAAAGUGUCCUACUGCGGAGGAAGAAGUAAUGCAGCCCUACCUAGAAACCUACUCUGGGGGGGCCUUCCCUAUAAUUGAAAAUGUAUGUACACACUGAGGUUCAUUCACCUGCACUGGGCUUGUCUUUGCUGGACUGGCUGGAUUGCGGGGGAGUCAAAAACAGGUCCUGGCUCACUGUGCAGCUGGAUUCCCCGGGUCACCUGUCCCCCAUACUCCUUCUCCUCCUUGCUGGUCACAGCAGGAACUUGUGACUCAGGCUCCUUGGAUGUAUCCAUGGCAGUGUGGUGGUAGGGUCUUUGCUGAGUAUGGCACACAGCCCUUUGUAAAAGCAGCAGGUCUGAGGCUGAGCACUGGAUCAAUUGUUGGCCUCCCUGGCCUUCUGGUAUGCCUGCCGCAACUGCUUGGCUUUCACACGACACUACUGCUGGUUCCUGCUGUAGCCCUUCUCCUGUAUCCUCCGAGCUAUCUGCUCACAGACAUUGAUGUUUCUGUGGCUGUUUUGGAGCUGUGCCUGCACAGCCUUUUCUCCCCACAGGCCCAGGACUCGGGAGAGCCAAUAUCUCCUGUCUACUCCAGGCAGGAGCGCAUCUGGAGCCUGGAGCCGUUAUGAUCAGCCGGCCAGUUGCACUCAACAAUGGAGAGCUGCUAGGUGUGCUCGCUAAGGCAGGCAAUCAGGAACAGGAAUUUCAAAAAUUUGCAGGGCUUUAAAGGGGAGCGGGGCUUCCAGUCUUUGUGACCCCUGGGCAGUGGAGUUCACAAUGGUGACCAGAGUCAUUAGUGUGGGGCAUUAUGAGACAGCUGCUGGAGGACAAUUAGAGUCAACAAAGCUAUCACGGUGUCUACACUCGCACUGCAUCAACCUAAGUAUAUUGACCAUGACUCUAUGCCUCUCAGGGAGGUGGUAUUACUAUGUCAGUGUAACGGGGCACUUACCUCAGUGGGAGACAAAUUUAAGUAUAGACACUGUGACAGGGUCGGGCCAGAUGGCUACAGGAAAGUGAUAGAAGGCAGAUAUAUUAGCCCCAGAUUAAGUAGGUCCCUUUUCCCUGGGUAAGGCAACAGGGAAGGUUCCAGAAUAAUCAGGAACUUUCUGGAAACAAUUAAGGCAGACAGGCUGAUUAGAACACCUGCAGCCAAUCAAGAAGCUGCUAGAAUCAAUUAAGGCAGGCAAAUCAGGACACCUGGGUUUAAAAAGGAGCUCACUUCAGUUUGUGGUGCGCGUGCGAGUAGCUGGGAGCAAGAGGGGUGAGAAGCUGAGAGUGAAAAGGCAUACUACUGGAAGACUGAGAAGUACAAGCAUUAUCAGACAUCUGGAGGAAAGUCCUGUGGUGAGGGUAAAGAAGGUGUUGGGAGGAGGCCAUGGGGAAGUAGCCCAGGGAGUUGUAGCUGUCACACAGCUGUUACAGGAGCCACUGUAGACAGCUGCAAUCCACAGGGCCCUGGGCUGGAACCCGGAGUAGAGGGCGGGCCCAGGUUCCCUCCAUCCCCCCAACUCCCUACUUGAUCCUGGAGGAGUUGAACUGGACUGUGGGUUCCACCAGGGGGGAAGGUCUCUGGCCUGUUCCCCGAUCCACUAGGUGGAUCAGCAGAGACUGCGGGGAUUGUUCUUCCUUUCCCCAUGCUGGCCAGUGAUGAGGCUAACAGAGUGAACGGCAGAUCUGAGCCACAAAAGUGGCCAAACUGAGGUCUGCCGUGAACCUCUGAGGCGAGCAAAUCCGCCAAUAAGCGCAGGACCCACCAAGGCAGAGGAGGAACUUUGUCACAACACUUGCACAACUAGGUUGACGUAAGUUGCCUUGCGUCAAACUAACUUUGUAGUGUAGACCAUGCCUAAGCCUUUGAACUCUGGGGCUAACACAACUAUAGGUAGGAUUCACCGCUCUCUGCUAGUUCCUCUCUGCUCCCCCCAAUAACUACACAUAGCUGGUGAACAAAACAAGUUACACCUAAGCACACACUCAUGAGGUUAAAAGGGGAAAAGGUAGAGAAUACAGGAUAAUGAAGUUCCACAAUCUGACUCUUUGCUGUAUUUAAAUUUGUUCUGCACUCAUAUGCCACAGAAAUGGGUGUGGAUCUCUGGUCAGGCAGGUAUGCACUAGGCAAACCAGGAGACUGCUAGAGUUAGGUGCCUCUGCACAAAAGGUAAGAAUUGGGAGAGGCGUAGCAGGAGGGGUUCAAAGGAGAUCGAUCCUCUUGUGGAAGAUUAUAGAUUUUCAGGCAAGGAGGAAGAUGGGUUGUUCAUGGGUAAAAUUUUAACCUGUUUUUUUCAUGUGUGAAUUUGUGAAUCACUCAAUUCCUAAUCGAUAUUUUACAAUGUUAUAGAACACAGAAAACUCACUUGUUUACAAAAGGGCUGUAUUAAUAAUAUAUUGUGUAAUUUGACAAUACCACAGCACGAGUGGGUACUUAGACCGUCAACCCCUUGGAGCAGGGAUUGUCAUUUUUUUCUGCUUGGACAGCACCUAGCACUAUGGGGUCCUGGUCCACGACUGGGGCACCUAGAUUCUAUGCUAAUACAAAUAAAUAAUGAGAUGGGGGGUUUUAUGAUAAUCUUAGGCCAGUCUUCUACCAAAAGCCAUAGCAAGAAAAUAAAGUACACCUCUAUGUCCCUGGAGAUCCUUUUAAAACACUCAAAAAGAGGUUGUUAACCUCCAUUAGAGUUCUUCUACUUAAAAACUUGGUUACUUUUUUUUAAGUUGUUUGCAUUAUUCCAGUGGUUUUUACAGACACAGCUAACCAAGUGGAACAUGGAGUUUUACACUGAAAUGGACACGUAGAAACUGGAAACCAAAUGCUACAUUAUUCCUACUGUUUUCUUUUGUUAGGCCAAAAGGUAAUGUUAACAAGCACACGCUGACUGAUCCCUAGAAUUUCCUCUUCGUCUCCAAUUCCUUGUACAGAGUGUUUUUCUGUUGCUAAGUACAUUUUUUGAACACAAGUGUAACAAGCUCUCUCUUCCACACACACUAUACACUUGGAAGCAAAGUUAAUCAUACUUUAGCACUUAACCUGUAACCUUGCAAGCCUAGCAGUUUUAAUAAAUGGUGCUGUACCUUUAAACCCUGCAAAUUAAACCGGCCAAGUGAGGAGAGCAGUGUAAGGUCCAGCCCCUGAAAGCAGCUUCAGACACCUCACCCAGCGUCAUUGCAAAGGGACAGGCAGCACUGACAGUGCUCUGGCGAGAGUUCUAUCAACAUGGCAAAGCACAUGACCCUCUCUUUCCUCCUUGUUCUCACUAUGGCAAGCUCAUCCUUUGCCCGUCGAAAGCUUUUAGUGUUUCUGAUCGAUGGCUUUCGUUAUGAUUACAUCAAUGACAAUGAACUGGAGUCCCUGCCUGGCUUUAAAGAGAUUGUGGACAGGGGAGUGAAAGUGGAUUACAUGACCCCAGACUUUCCCAGCCUUUCCUAUCCAAAUUAUUACACGCUGAUGACUGGUCGCCACUGUGAAGUCCAUCAGAUGACAGGAAACUACAUGUGGGACCCAAGUACAAAUACAUCUUUUGACAUUGGUGUGAAUAGAGAGAGCCUGUUACCUCUUUGGUGGAAUGGAUCGGAGCCUUUGUGGGUCACCAUGACGAAAGCAAAGAAGAAAGUUAAUAUGUAUUACUGGCCUGGCUGCGAGGUUGAAAUCCUUGGUGUCAGACCUAGUUUUUGUCGACCAUAUUUCAGUGUCCCAACAGACUCCAAUUUCUCUGAUGCUGUCAGUGAUGCUCUGGAGUCAUUGAGAAAUGGCAGUGCAGAAAUGGCAGCAGUGUAUUAUGAACGCAUUGAUGUGGAAGGCCACCAUUUUGGUCCUUCAUCUGUUCAGAGGAAGAACGCUUUGAAGGCACUGGACAAAGUAUUGAACAGCAUGACCAAACUAAUCAAGGACAAGGGCCUUCAGAAUGACCUGAAUGUCAUUUUUUUCUCGGAUCAUGGGAUGACUGACAUUUCCUGGUUGGACAAAGUGAUUGAGUUGAAGAACUAUAUCAAUAUGACUGAUAUUAUCCAAGUAAAGGACCGAGGCCCUGUUGUGAGCCUGUGGCCAACUAAGGAGAAGCAGACUGAGGUGCAUAACAAACUGAAAGCUGUGCAACACAUGAAUGUUUAUAGCACAGAGGAAAUUCCAGACAGAUUCUAUUACAAAAAAGGGAAAUUUGUGUCUCCUUUAACUCUUGUGGCUGAGGAAGGAUGGUUCAUAGCAGAGAGUAAAGAGAAACUUCCAUUUUGGGAGAAUGGCACAGGGAAAAAGGAGGCCUGGCAAAAUGGGUGGCAUGGAUAUGACAAUGAGCUCAUGAACAUGAGGGGAUUCUUCCUCGCAUAUGGGCCAGAUUUCAAAUCUAACUUCAGGGCGCCUCCAAUCAGAUCGGUCGAUGUUUACAACAUCAUGUGCAAUAUUGCAGGAAUAAAGCCACUAUCGAACAAUGGAUCCUGGUCCAGAGUGGAGUGUAUGCUAAAAAAUAAUGCCAGUUUGGCACAGUUAUUCCAGUGGAGCAGCUGUGUGCUGGCAUUAAUUCUACUUUUAUUGUUUGCAUAACAGAUCUCGUUACUCUGGCCCCAAAACAAUAUUGAUCACUGUGACCAGUAACUUGAUUUUUGUUUGUUUGGUUAGAAUUCUUUAUCUGAAUAAUGGCUUCAGUAACAGAAUACUGUCUGGGUAAAUUGCACCUAUUUACCCAAAUUCAUCCCUCAAGUUACACAGGGGAUAAAUCACUGUGGUUAUAACAAAUGCAAAGCCAAAUAUUGCUUUCAUUUACACUGUUGUAAAUCUAUACAGCAGUGUCAAUGAGAGCAGAAAGUGGCCCAUUGUGAAAGUGAGUGAGUUAGUUACUCCAGGAGAUAGAGAAUGAAUUCCCCCUCAUACUACCAUAUCUAACUAAGGAGAUGCUUUCACCUCUGCUUAGUUAGGGGCUCAAGACUGGAUAUAGUCCUUUGUAAUUUUACCGGAUUGUUUUGUUCUGGAUUAUUUCUUUCUCUCUGCUACAGCCCUGCCCUCUCCUCACAAAGCAGUUACAUGCAUGGUGUGCACUGCCCCAUUGCUGUAAACAGGAAAAAACAGCCUCUCUCCACUAAGCUACAAUAAACACAACCCUAAGAAAAAGUAGGCAUGGGCGCAUUCAAGAACCAUAGCAUCCUUCUUUCCCCACACUUUGUCUUUCCUUCUCCCUUAAGAGCAUCAGCCCCCUCAGUACUCCAUUAGAUCAUAGAACUAUAGAAACCUAGGGUUAGAAGGGACCACAAGGGUCAUCUAAGUCUAAUCCUCUGCCAAGAUGCAGGAUUAGUUGUUUCUCAACCAUCGAAUAUAGAGGCCAUUCCUGCACCCAUUCAAGUCAGAAGAGUUUUACCAUGGACUUGAAUGAGUUUGAGAGCAAGCGGAGAGUGAGAGUUCCACAAUGAGGCCAAACCUGAACUCAGGUCAUCCAUGUGGCAGUUUAUUAGAACAGCCCAUUGGUGAUUUUUAAAUUUAACGUCCCACCUGCCUAUACAGAGGGCACCAUUUAUUUCACAAUUCUAAGGCCACCAAAUUUGCUACCCAUAUUUUUACCUCGGAAUCUAAGAUUCAUUAGGAAAAAAAAAACAAAAACAGAACAUUUUUAGCCUUUAAGCUUGAGAAUAAAACCUUGAAAAUGUGAAUCAAGCGUCUACUGAUACAGUAGCCCUUGGAGAUAUGAACUGUCUUGUUCUUCUUACUAGGACAUUGACUCUGAAACCAAAAGAUGACAGUUUAAAUAUGAACUAUUUCACUGCUUAUCAUUUUAGGAGAAAAAUCCAGCCAAAUAUGUUUUAGCCCCAAAAGGCCGCACUGUGGCAAAAGCCCCAACUGUCCCAGCUGCCAAAACUUCCAGCCUUCCCACAAGUUCUGUGAUGCCAGCACGCACUGUCAAUGCAAAAACUACCAUGGAUGUUGACAACUGAAAGCAGAGGGAUGACAGAAAAUAAACUGCAUUUCAUAUCAGAAUAAACAACACAGGGACUAUUCUGGUAAUUGCAAUCUUCAUUUUCUGCUUAAUUCAUUAAAAACCUCCCAAUUACAUCUAAAUGAACUGGCCACCACAUUUCCAGUCUGCCACAGAAUACAGGGCCUUUCUAAUUGAGGCCCAGCUUACGGAGGUCUUGUCUAUAAAUCUUCAAGGAGAAAACUCAUUUCCAUAUGCCAAAAUUCUACCAGGUUUCUGUCUGUCAUAGAAAUGUAAGGCUGGAAGGAACCCCAAGAGGUCAGCUAGGCCAUCCCUCCCAUGCUGAGGCACUCAAAAUCUGAAAUGAUUUUAAUGGCAAUUAGCUCUGAUGACGUGUCACUGUCAGAAGCCUAGAAUCUUAUUCUGCACCCAGCAGUGGGGUAUCUGAAUACCUGUAUGACUAACAGGAAGGCCUGGCCCUUCUAACUCCAUGGAAUGGCAUUUGUACUGCUCAAUCACAUGCACUCAACAAAGAAGGCGAAAGAGAAAGAUAGAAACACAAUAAAUUCAAAGUGCACAAGUGAAGAAAUGAGGUGUAACCAUGCUGCAGAGGGCCUUAGCCAUAACUCAAAACAUGCCAAUGACAAGUAUAAUAAAACAGUUUGGAACACAACUGGCCUCUUCUCUGUGCCUUUCCGGAUGAAGUAGCGAAACAUAACACCACAUGCUCUCGGUGGUCCAAUACAUCAGCUGAACUCUUGAGAGUUUUCAGCAUCUAUUGCUUUUCUAUCAGCAGCAUCAGGGAAGAGCAUGGUUUUAAGUGAUUCCAGUUCAAGCAAUGGAGCGUGCAAUACACGUGGCUCUUUUCCCUUCAGAAGGUGAUUUCUGCAGCAGGGAGACGUUUGUACUGGUGGACUUUCAAAAGACUUUUUAUCCUUUAACCAGUGCUAUAGUAGUGAGAGGAGGAGCUCACAGGAGAUAUCCAGGUUUGACAUUCAAAGCCAUUUCUCACAGAAGGAUGACAGGAUGAGGACCAAAAAUUAUACUGAAUGAAUAUUUCAUCACAGGGACCUCAAACCCAGUCCUAAAUUGUAUUGGUAAAGUUAGAUAGGGAUAGACUCUUGUGGUUUCUUAUCUACACUGGAGCUGAAAGGCGUAAUUUCCAGUUUGGAAAUGCUCGAUAUGGCAUGCCAAAAAUAGUCGUGGCUACAUGGGCAGUGGGAUGGGCUAGCUGAGUGCAUACUUAGGGUCUCAGAUAGGAUUGAAUUCAGAACUGAUAGCCCAUCCUCCUGCCCCUGUAAUCGCAGUAUGCGACUAGUUUUAGCACUCUAGGUUGAUCAGAGCCAGCAGGGUGUGACAACCCCAGAUGGAAAUUACACCCUCAGCUAUAGUGCAGACAUACCCUGGAUGGUAAUCCAUCUCAGAGGUUAAAGUCCCAAGAUUAAGGUAAACCAGAACAAAAACAGGGAGGCAGAGAUAGCAAAUCCCAACUAAGAACCUGAUUAUGCCAAUUUUACAUUGAAACUAUAUCUCUAGAUUGAGGUUCUAGUCAACAUAAAAUGGUAGAAUCUGGCCCUCAACCAAUAGCUAUUUUAUUUAUUUCAGAAGAUUAAUUUUGCUUAGUUGUUAAAACAUUUUGCUGCUAUACUGCUUGAUGUUAAAUAUGGGGGAUAUACAUGCAUUUUAAAAUGUUAGUAAUAAGAGAUUUAUACAUCUUUACAUAAUUUUAUUUUUUAAAUGUUUUCACUGUAAAAAAACCCAGCAUAUCUAGAAAAGAGACAUUUAGGGUUUGGUCCUGCAAGGACCCCAAGAACCCUUAACUCCUCGCAAUGCUGAUGGGAGUAGAGGGCACUCAGCUUUACCUCAAAGGAGGGGCUCAGCACAUACUCAGUAUGAACUCCUGUGGAAAGAUUAGGGUCCUUCCUGGAUAAAAUAAACCUCUAAAAAUUAAUGAGCAUACAAACCCAGAGUAAAGCACAUUUUGGGUUGGUUUGGUACAGUUAAUUUAAGGAUAAAUGAUUACAGCAUGAAAAAAAAUCAAAUUAAACUUGACAAAAGACUUCUGUAAUAGCGGUAAAGAUUUAUGUAAUGUCUUUUUAAAGGUCAAGUGAACCAUCAAAUCAAUUGGGGGCAAAAAAAAGAAAAUCAGCCUUUGUUAUCAGGCUGUUGAGUAUAAAAGGCAAUUUAGGGCUUUCUAAGCAUUUGCAGUGGCUGUGAAACAAGCAUCUAUUGUUCAAAGUUCCCCGUUGCUCUUUAAUGGACCAGGCUCAAUGAAUUCAUUGGAGCACAUUUUUUUAAAAGUGAGAGAAUUAUCAGUAUAAAAGAUAACCAAAUGACUAAAUUACACAGUUUUGUUUGAAAACCAACAGGAUAUAUAAAACAAACACUAAUCCCUUGACAUUCUGGAGUCUUAAAUCCUAUAAUAAAAAGGUUUCAAUAUUCUCUUACAGAGAAAAAAAGAGCUCAAAGGCAGCACAGGGCCAGAUUCUGAUCUCAAUUACACUGGUGUAAAUCGGGAAUAACUGUUCAAUUGAGUUAUUCCACAUUUAGAUCAGUAAAUGAGAUCAACAUUGCCCCACUACUGCAUGUGGGGAACAGUUAGAAAAGUAAGUGUCCAUAUUCAAAAAUUUUGAGUGUUUGCAAAUAUUGCAAAGUACAUUUUCAAAGUGUAUGAGAAUCUCAUGGGGUUUAAUGAAAACAUCCUAUGAUAAAUCACUUCAAAAUGUGUUCAAUCUGUGAAAGGGAAAUUCUGUAAUAGAUUAACAUCAAGUUGGUCAUCUCCAAGAGAACUGAGAAUCGGGUAUGUUUUAGAAGUGCAUCUUGCUUUUUUGGUAUUUUUGUACCACUAUAUUGAUUCAUGCUCUGGUUCAAAAAUCAGAGCAUUUUGCCUGUAGCGUCCUUAUCUGUGUAACAAAUAACUGAGGUGAAUGUAUUUUUAAAACCAUGGUUCUAAGUGAUGCUUUCCAACAAUGAUUGAUUGUGAAUGGGUGAAUAAUUAUAAGAACACUGCAUGAUUUCUGUUAAAAAUGGUAUACAUUUUUGUAAAUAAUGUAAGAUUUAAAAAAAAAUCCUAGAACACCUUGUCUUUCCUGGUUGAUUGUUAUAUCAAAGUGUAGUCACGUUGGUCCACUUCUCACUUACAGAAAUAGAGAUACUGCAGUGUAAACAGUGUUUGAAGCUUAUACUGACUAAUCACCAGUGGGAUGAAUGAUAACAUUGUUUAAAAAUGGUAAAGUCCUCAAAAUAUGCGUGUAAAUUAGAUAUUAAAUAAAUUGCACAAGAUAAUGUGGCUUGCAUGUUGGAUAAUUUUUCCAGGGGUAUUAUAAUAAAGUUAACCUUUUGAAUCUG